AUGGGGAGUUGGACUGUCCGUUGCGAGUUUCUAUAUGGGGUUUUUGCUUCGUCCGUUUUUCAGGGUUGCGUUCUGGAGAUCUUUGGGGUUUCCUUUUCGAUCAAUUUAAUUCCGAUUCCCAUGGGAGAUGUUUGCGUUAUUUAUGGAGAGGGUACCAGGUUGGGUUUAGGGUUUUGUUCGGCAACUAGGGAUCGACAGUAUAUUCAGCACUGGUGUGCAGGUUACUUGGCUUAUGUGGUGGACACGCAGGUUGGAGAUCAGGUGUCGGUUUCUAACGUUCCAGUUGUUAGGGAGUUCCCUCAUGUAUUCCUGGAGGGGUUACCAGGUUUUCCUCCUGAGAGGAAGGGAGAAUUCAGGAUCAACAUUGUGCCAGGUGCGACCCCUAUUGCUAAUUCGUCGUACGGAUUGGCACCGCCUGGGAUGCAGGAGCUGUCAUAUCAAUUGAAAGAGUUGCUAGGCAAGCAGUUCAUCCGUCCGAGUAGUUCUCUGUAG